AUGAUGACAAAGCUCCAAAGAUUUGGAACGAUAAGGCAACUUCACACAAUCAUAUCCCGAGAAACCAUUCGACCAUCUUCCCCAACACCUCCACACCUCAAAACUUAUAAUCUUUCAUUGCUUGAUCAGUUUGCUCCUGACAUGCACACGCCAUCUGUUUUCUUCUUCCGAAACUACAAAAAAAGUGACACCAACAUCCUAAAGCAAUCAUUGUCACAGUGUUUAACAAACUACUAUCCCUUCGCGGGUAGGCUUCCAACACCUCCUGCAUCUUACAUCAACUGCAAUGACGAAGGGGUCGAGUUCUUGGAAGCUACUAAUGAUAGCCUACUCGAUAACUUCCUUCACAAGAAUGAGCAAGAUGAAACCAUAGACCAGCUCUUUCCUUAUGGUCUCAGUAGCACUGCUCGUGCUUCUUGCCCUAAGUUGCUCGAGGUUCAAGUAAACCAUUUUGCAGGAGGUGGAGUGGCAGUGGCGUUGUCCGUGUCACACAAGCUUGCUGACGCAGCAACCGUAGCCAACUUCAUCAACCAUUGGGCCACUAUUACACGUGGCGGGUCACCCAUAAACCCAUGUUUCAUUUCAUCCUCCACAAGUAAUGAAAUUAGAAUGCCUAAGUUAAUCGUUAAGGACAUAGAUAAAGUAACCUAUGCUACCAGGAGAUUUAUAUUUCCUAAUUCAAAACUAAAUGAGCUCAAGGACAAGGUUAUUGCCAUGGGCACAGCUCCAAUGAACCCUACUCGAGUCGAAGUGUUGACAUCUCUACUAUUUAAACAUGCAGUUAGUGCAGCGAAGACAAAGUCAGGUUCUUUUGAGCCAUCGAACUUGUCUGUAGCAAUGAACAUGAGGAACAAAUUUGUUGAAAAAUAUCCUCAAACAGCAGUAGGCAGCAUAUUUACGUGGACGAUAGUAAAGCUGGUGGAUUCUGGUGAAAUCAGGUUGAGUGAUAUGAUUGCUGAGGUAAGGAAAGCAAAAACGGAGUUUGAAGGAAUAAGAGAUGAGCAAGAAGUAGUUGAAAAGUUUGCAAACACUUCCUCAAGCUUACAGGGUGAUGUUUAUUAUAGUUCAAGCGUGUGUAGGCUUCCAUUUUAUGAAGUGGAUUUCGGGUGGGGAAAGCCAGUAGAAGUAACAAUACGAAUUCCAGAUGUGGAGGAGUAG